UUCUACAUUCAUCAUACGUUUUCGAUUUCGUUACGACUUGCGUAAAUAAAACCCUAAUUUUGUUGACUAUACUUGUACAUCAUCAAUCCAACAGUGAAUUCCACAAAGAAUUAGCGACAAGAUUUUCAAUUUUUACAAUGCUUAACAAGAGAUUCAAGAUCGCUAAAUGCAAGACGUCGUUGAAACUAGCGACGUCUCGGAUUAAGUUAAUGAAGAAUAAGAAGGGAAUACAGAUUAAUCAAAUGAAGAAGGAGCUAGCUCAACUGUUGGAGUCAGGACAAGAUCGGACUGCCAGAAUUCGAGUUGAACAUGUAAUCAGGGAAGAGAAGAUGGUGGCGGCAUAUGAUUUGGUUGAGAUAUAUUGUGAACUUAUCGUGGCACGCCUGCCUAUUAUUGAAUCACAGAAGACAUGCCCCAUUGACCUGAAGGAAGCAAUCACAAGCGUAAUAUUUUCAGCUCCUAGAUGUUCAGACAUACCGGAGCUUCUAGAUGUACGAAAACAAUUUACAGCAAAAUAUGGAAAAGAGUUCGUUUCUGCAGCUAUUGAGUUGCGUCCUGAUUGUGGUGUAAGCCGCAUGUUGGUUGAGAAGUUAUCUGCAAUUGCACCUGACGUGCAGACGAAAAUGAAAGUGUUAACUGCUGUAGCAAAAGAACACAAUAUCAAUUGGGAUCCAACUUCAUUUGAAGAGAAAGAAUCGAAGCCUCCCGAUGACUUGUUGAAUGGACCCGCGAACUUUGAGAAGAUAAGCACGAUAAAUGUCGAUCCUCCUAAGAUCCAAACUCCAAAUGUCCAAAAUGUGCCCAUCCAUGAAGAAAACCCGAAUGCACCUUUUAACUUCUCUGAGCAGAAUAGAAGAUACACGCUAGAUACUCAGAAGUCAUCUGCUUCUACUACUCGUGAGGAUAUGAGAUCUUCAGGAAUGACAUCUGAGACGAUGAACAUGAGGCAAUCGUUCAAUAGGAAUCACUAUGAUUCUUCAUCCGGUAGGGAGAAUUGGAAUAUGGAAUUUAAAGAUGCUACUUCUGCAGCACAGGCAGCAGCCGAGUCUGCAGAACGUGCUAGUAUGGCUGCUAGAGCCGCUGCACACCUCUCAAGCCAGGGGAAGAUUACUCGACAGUAUUCAACUGAAUCAUACGACUCACAUAUUAGACACGAAAGGACUCAAGUUUCUUCUACUUCAGAAUUUCCCGAUCAACAUCACUUCAAAGACUCAUAUAAUCGCUCUUUCAACGAUAGAAACCCCAAGUUACAAACUCAAGAGAUGAGCCCAAAAGCUACCGAAAGAUUCAGCAGACCCACAUCAUUAAGAUCGAGAAAUGAUUCAGUUAAGGGUAGUUUGGUAAAUAACUUCCACCAGCCAGAUGGGUACUUUGAAAAUUCCUUAAAUGAAGACCAGGGUCCUUCCUCUCCCGAAAUGAGUAGAAAGAAAGAAUCUAAAGCUGGGUUUAUGAGUGGUGACAAUGGAGGUUUCAAAUCUGCAAAUGUUGAUCAUUUCACAGAAAAAGUUAUCAGAAAGCAACCGAGUAUUACUUCAUCUCGUUCUCAUUCUAGCGCCGUCAGUGACGAUCUUGACGUGUUGACUUCUGACCAGAAAAGAGUUGGCAAAAAAACCGUUGUUGACCAAGGAAACCUUUUUAGAGAAAGUAAAAAGACAAGCUCGUAUGGUGAUGGUCGUAAAGAUGAUGAAACCUACUCUGAUGAUGAUGAUGAUGAUGAUGAUGGUGGCCCUAGAUUCGAUACAGGAUUUGAGUACAACGUAGGGGAGGUGAAGUCAAAGUUCUCAUCAUCGGAAAAUACCCACUUUUGGAACCCGAGAAGGAACACAACCGACGUAAUGGAUUCAGCGAAAUCCGUGGAUCCUUCAGUGAAUUUUGAUCUUUCAGAUGGUCCAGAUUCUGAAAGUGAAAUGGCAAAGAAGUUCACUUCUCCUCCUAAACAAGGUCAUAAGAAACCUCCAAUUGAGCUGUAUGAUUUGAUCGAAAGUGGUUCAUCCGUUUCUAAAGCUGAGGAUGACGAUAAAAGCCUGCAGUCUCGACAUUCUUCAAGAAUUUCCCGCAGACAAGACUCGAAGAAGAAGAAUCAAGAAUCACAAUUGGUGGAAGAUAACAGCUUUCUAAACCAAUCUGAUGAUUUAGAUACCGGAAACGGGUUAAAGUUUGGAACUUUAACAGGUGGCCUUCGAAACAAAGGCGGUCUUAAGUUACCACCCUACACGAAAACCGCAACCACUCCAUCAUCACCUUCAUCCAACAAGUUGGUCAAAGAAAUCCCGAUGAAAACGGACCAGAAUUCUUUCAAUUCAAGAACAAGCAGAUCAGAAAACAAAAAACCGAAGGUUUACAUCUCAAGUUAUGAAUCGGAUUCAGAUGAUUACAGUGACAAAUUCCCAGUUCAAUCUUCUAAAACCCGAUCACAAUUCACACCCCCUGAUGCAUUCUUCAAUGAUGAUUCCGAAGAAGCUGCUCCACCAGUUCCAAAACUGACAUCCAGCAGUAAAAUUCAUUUGGGUUCGGCCCUAUCUCGGAGGACAAAGGGCUACGUUGAGCCUGUGGCCAGAACAGUAAUUUCCAGCUCCACUGAAUCUUACGCUGAGAACUCAAAGAAAGAUCCUGAUCGAACUCCAAAAUUAUCAGAAAAAAGUAGCAAUGAAUCAGAACGAAAAUCCAGCAGGCUUUCUUACAGAAACAAACAAGAAACUUUCAAAAAGAUUCCAGAGCCGAAGAUUUCUGAACCACCACCGAAUCCUCCCAGAAAGAUCGCGGAAUCGGGUAAAACCGAAGCGUCCAAAUCAUCGAAUCCAGGUUGUGAAACUUCAGUCGAGGCCACCAAUAAUGUUAAGAAACCAAGCCAUGUUCAUCCGAAGCUUCCUGAAUACGACUCUCUAGCGGCUCGUAUCCAGGCUCUGCGAAUGGAUCAUCAAUGAAUAAGUAAGUAUCUACAGUUUCAUUCAUAUAUGCACAUAAUUGGAUAAAUUUUAUUCACAUAUGAAUGAACCCCUUGUUGGUACAAGUAUUCUAUGAUAUAUAGAUACAGUCUCUCAUUACAUAUUUGAUUAGUUUGUUUAUUUUUGGAAUAGGAGAUGAGCAUUUUUGCAUAUACAACUUCAUUAAGAAAGAUUGUGGUAAACUUCAUUUGAUGUCCAUAGUUUGAUCAUGUGAACGGAAACAGUCUUUCUAUCCCUUGGAACAGAAGAAAAGUUUGUGUACAUCUUUUC